CAGGGUCGGGCUCUGGGCGGCGAGACCAGACGCCUCUGCUUCAGUUCCCAGUGAACCUCGGCUAAGGUGGCCGCUGUUAGUGUCAGACGGGUGUUGGCGUGAGGCGGAGCUGGGCCAGCGGGAGGUAGUCCUGUGGAAGUGGAAGGCCCGUAUUUCUUUACCUGGACCGCACUCUCCCUCUCGUUAGGAAGGCAGAGCUCAAGGAGCCCAUAGACCUCAUUAGGCCACCAAAAGUGUCUCUGACAUUCGCAAAAAUGCUACAAACCAUUUCAUCUGAUUGAAGAAUUUUUGUUUUAGAUUUGCUUUGAGGUCACAUUGAUAAGAAAUAUGGAACCACCUUUGAUAACUUCACCUGUGAAAGAGAGAGUCUUCUUUCUUACUAAAAAAACAUAAGGAAAACAAAUGACCAAAGGAAUCAUGCCAGAUGGGAACUCAGCAUCUUUUUGUAUCAUCUGUUUUUUAAACCAUCAAGACCUAUGGCUUGUGCUUUAAAGAAAAUUAUUUGUUCAUCGACAUUGUUUUUAGCAGUUUAAAAAAAAUAUUUUUUACUUUAAUUGUACAAUUCUCUUACAAAAUUUAAUGCAUAUAAAAAUCUUUAAGAUUUCUUUUUUAGAACUUCAGUGUUUAUGUACCCUACUUUUGCUUGACAAAGUCGUCAAAAAUUUACAGCAUCAGGAAAGAUAUGGACUUGGAAACUUAUGUUACUGUAAUUGACUACAGUGAAUUUAAGUGGACAAUUCAAGACAUCAUCCCAUUUAUCAUCAGAAAUAUCACAUAAAUAUAUAAUUCUUACCUUUAAUGUACACAAAUUUUCUUGAAAAUGGCAUGGGUAAAAUUCUUACGGAAACCUGGCGGCAAUCUUGGAAAAACUUAUCAACCUGGAAGUAUGCUAUCCCUAGCCCCUACCAAAGGCUUAUUAAAUGAACCAGGACAAAACAGCUGCUUUCUUAAUAGUGCUGUACAGGUCUUAUGGCAAUUGGAUAUAUUCCGAAGAAGCUUGCGGGUUCUAACUGGACAUGUUUGUCAGGGAGAUGCCUGCAUAUUUUGUGCAUUGAAGACAAUAUUUGCACAGUUUCAACACAGUCGAGAAAAAGCACUUCCCUCGGAUAACAUAAGGCAUGCUCUAGCAGAGAGCUUCAAAGAUGAGCAGCGAUUUCAGUUGGGCCUUAUGGAUGAUGCUGCAGAGUGCUUUGAAAAUAUAUUGGAGAGGAUUCAUUUUCAUAUAGUGCCAAGCAGAGAUGCAGACAUGUGUACCUCUAAGUCUUGUAUCACUCACCAGAAGUUUGCUAUGACUCUGUAUGAACAGUGUGUAUGUCGCAGCUGUGGAGCAUCAUCAGAUCCUCUACCUUUUACAGAAUUUGUGCGGUACAUUUCUACAACAGCCCUGUGCAAUGAGGUAGAAAGAAUGAUGGAAAGGCAUGAACGUUUUAAGCCUGAAAUGUUUGCAGAAUUGCUGCAAGCAGCAAAUACGACUGAUGACUAUAGGAAAUGUCCUAGUAACUGUGGCCAAAAAAUAAAAAUUCGCCGUGUUUUAAUGAAUUGCCCAGAGAUUGUUACAAUUGGUUUAGUAUGGGAUUCUGAGCAUUCUGACUUGACCGAAGAUGUUGUUCGGAAUCUAGCAACACAUCUUUAUCUUCCUGGGCUUUUUUAUAGAGUUACUGAUGAAAAUGCCAAAAAUAGUGAACUUCACCUAGUUGGUAUGAUCUGCUACACCAGCCGACAUUAUUGUGCCUUUGCUUUUCAUACCAAGAGUUCCAAAUGGGUAUUUUUUGAUGAUGCAAAUGUGAAAGAGGUUGGGACUAGAUGGAAGGAUGUGGUCUCCAAAUGUAUCCGAUGCCAUUUCCAGCCACUGCUUUUGUUUUACGCAAACCCAGAUGGCACAGCAGUUUCUACUGAAGAUGCACUUAGGCAGGUCAUCAACUGGUCACAUUAUAAAUCCGUUGCAGAAAAUAUGGGAUGUGAAAAGCCCUCAAUUUAUAAGUCAGAUAAUUCAAAAGAAAAUGGAUUUGGUGAUCAGGCAAAACAGAGAGAAAAUCAGAAAUUUCAAACAGAUAAUAUUUCAUCAUUUAAUCGGAGCCACAUUCAAACAAGUGGCAGUAGAGGACCAGUUAAGUUAAGUCACAGUGAUCGAAGGGAAAAAAUAAAAGACAUUUCCAGAGAAUGUGCUUUAAAAGCCAUUGAACAGAGAAACUUACUUUCCUCACAAAGGAAAGAUUUGGAGAGGGGACAAAGGAAAGAUUUGGGCCGACAUAAAGAUUUGGUUGAUGAAGACCUUCCACAUUUCAAGUCUGGAUCACCUCCUGCCCCAAAUGGCUUUAGACAAUAUGGAAACCCACAUCUCUAUUAUAGUCAAGGAAAAGGACCAUGUAAACAUGACCGAGUUGCCCAUCAGAGUCGAGCUUCUGCACAAAUACUGAGUUCAAGUAAAUCCCAGAUUCUUGCCCCAGGAGAGAAAGUAACUGGCAAACUUAAGAGUGACAGUGGCACUGGAUAUGAUACAGACAGCAGCCAAGAUUCUAGGGAUAAAGGAAGCAGCUAUAGUGGCAGCAGUAAAAGCCGGACCCGAGGUUGGAAACCUAUGAGAGAAACGUUAAAUGUUGAUAGUAUUUUUAAUGAAAGUGACAAAAGACAGCAUAGUCCAAGACAUAAAUCAAAUAUCAGUAACAAACCUAAAUGUAGCAAAGAUCAGAGUUUUAACAACUGGCCAAAAGAAAACCCAAAGCAAAAAUGUUUAAUGACCAUAUAUGAAGAUGAUAGGAAGCAGGAAAUAGGAAGCAGGAGUUCCCUUGAAUCUAAUGGAAAAGGAGCAGAGAAAAAUAAAGGCGUCAAAGAGACUAAAGUUCAUGGUGACAAUUGGCAGAUGCAAAGGACCGAGUCUGGAUACGAAAGUAGUGAUCAUGUCAGUAAUGGAUCUGCUAAUUUGGAUUCACCUGUUAUCGAUGGAAAUGGUACAGUAACGGAUAUCAGUGGUGUUAAAGAAACAGUAUCCUGCAGUGACCAGGUAAAGACAAACAACCUAAAUAUAGAAUGUGUCAGCUCUUCCUCCCAACAGAGCAAAAACUACUUAGAAGCCUCAGGCUUUAGAAAAGAACUGAAGAAUUUGGAAGUAGGCUAUAAAUCUCAUGAGUUCCACCCAGAGUCACAUCUACAAAUAAAAAAUCCUUUGAUGAAAAGGUCACAGAUACAUGAAACCAAUGGAAAGUUAUUCCCUUCAUCAGGUCCACAGAUACUCAAGGACAAUGCAGCAAAAGAGCAUAUCCACCAGUCAGGUGAACAGAAACUUGAAACCCCAAGUGAAUGCAAAUUUUCUGAGUGGCUUAAUACAGAAAAUUCUGAGAGAACAGGGUUAUUUUUUCAUGAUGAUAAUUCUCCUGGAAAGAGAAUGAACAGUAAUGAAGUAGUCUCAUCAUCUUCAUUGUGGUCUUCACACAUGAGAUCUCUUGGGGUAAAGCCAGAAACUUCUCCCCUCAUCCAGCAGCAAACUAUGAUGGAACAAUGUUGCUCUGAGAACUCUCUGUCCAGGGAACAUAUCGUUCAGUCAACCUGCAGGUCUGAUGGUUGUCAGAUGCCGAAACUUGUUAGCCAUAAUCCACCACCUCCUUUGCCACCAAAGAAAUAUGCUAUAACCAGUGUGCCACAGUCAGAGAAAAAUGAUCCCACACCUAAUGUAAAACUUACAGAGAUGUUUAAAGCUAAUUCUUCUAGUCUUCCAAAGCACAGUUUAAAUUUGGAUUCAGAACCAGGUUCAGAAGUAGGUACAUAUAUGAAUGAUCAAAGACUUAAGGAAACAUUUCAAAUAAAAGAGCAUGUUGGCAACACACCAAACUACCUGUCAAGCUUUUCAACUAAAGAUUUUCAGGCAGACUUGGGUACAGUUGUUGAUACAUUUUGCCAACCAGAAAUAGACUCUAGUUCUAUCUGUCCAAAUGAGACCAUUUCAUUAACUACCUAUUUUUCAGUUGAUAGCUGCAUGACUGAUACAUACAGACUGAAAUACCAUCAGAGACCCAAGCUCUGUGUUCCAGAAAGCGGUGACUUUUGUAAUGAUCAUGAAAUAUCUCAGAGUGAAAGAGGGCUAGCACCUGUGUUACACAACAGUCUUGGUUCAAACUGCCCUUCUGAGCAGAGAUAUAAACCUAGUAUACACUGUAAUAGAUAAGUGAUGAAACUGGUAAGCUUAUACUUCUCAGAGGCCGUGAAAAUAUAAUAGGAAUUGACUGAUGAAACCUGGUGAUACGUGAAACUAAAACCGUGGCAUUUUUAAAGUCAUUAAUCACUUUAAUUUUCUAUAUAUAUUUUUUAUUUUGUGAUCAAUUUAUUGGAUAUUUUAGAAAUUCUCUUUGAAUAGUCUUGGCAUGCCUGCAAAACAGAAAAUCAGAAGGUAUGCAAAAAGUCACUGCUGCAGUUGAAUAAAAAUGUAAUUUGUUCCUUUAUACGUGGCUAGUAGACCCAUAAGUAUUAAACUAACCAGUACACACAUUUGUAGAUUGGUAAACUAUGCUAAUUGAAAAAUACCAGGUGAUACAUAGUUUGUGUAGUCAAAGCAGUAUUUGCUUUAUGAAGAAGCACUUUCUAAUGGGUAACCAACCAAAAGAGGGCUUCACCCAUUUGUUUUUGACUUCUAUGAUAGUCUACUACAUACGAUCCCUUUAAGUGUCUUAAAAAAUAUCAACCCAUGAAAUUGAUAGCAUUUGUGGGGGGAGCCUUAAUGAUAAAGCAGUUUUUAAAUUCUUAAGGUCAGAACAGAAGAAACUUAAUUUUGCUCCUAGAACUUUAAUCUUCAUAAUGCCUCGUUAACAUAAAUUAGGACUUUGUUGUAUCAUAAACUUACUUCAGCCAUGUAAGCUAAAAAUAAGUGAAAUUCUUAACGUUAGUAUAUUUAUUUGUUACAUUUUUUUCUAAUUUUAUAUGAAAUGUGAAAGGUUUUAUUUUGGUUUGGUUUAUUUGGGGCUGCUAAUAACCAUUGUUAGGAAUUUAACUUAAAGCCCACUGGGGAUGUCACUGUGACUGCCUAAAUUUUCCCUGCUAUCAUCUUAACCUCUCUUUAUAGGUCGUCAACCCAUUUUAAUGAUUUUCAGAUUCUUGAAUCCGAGUACUUCUGGGUUCCAGAUUCAAUUUCAACUUUCAUAUAGAGGGUUUAAUUUUAAUGAAAUGUAUUAAUUUUAGCAUCCCUCCCAUUUUUCUAAACAGUCAUUUUACCCUACUUUCACGGAGAGGCCUUUUUUUUUUUAAAUAAAGGAAUUUUCCAUUAUCAUUAUGACCUUAUAAAUGCAAUUAAGUUACAUUAAUUGCUUUAUUAGUUGUCAUUUUAUUUUGUACUAAGUUGAUAAAUGUAUUGUGGCUAAGUGUUGUAUUGUCCAUGUAAGAAAAUUGAAAAUUAGAGAAUUAAAAAUUUUUUUUACAUUAAUAAACUUCAUACAUAUGACUUAAUUCUAUAAACUGAUUAGUAAAUUUAAUGUUUUGACCAGCUCCACAAAUUGUUAAAAUAUUCCAAAAUGUAAAUGAUUAAAAAUAAGUAUUCCUAGAUAAAUAUAAAAUAAUUGCUUGUAAAAACCUAAUCUCACCCAGUUAAGAAAUCUUGCUCAAUUAUUGUCUUCCACCUAGAGAAGUUUUUACUAGCCUUUUCUAACUGUAACAGUAGGGUUAUUAGUUUAUAUUCUCUUAAUUUUACUUGAAUAUGAACUAUAUUAUAUUAAACUUUUAUCUUUUAAGAAAGCUUAUUUUUAAUUAACUUUUAGUAUGGAGGGUUUGUAAAUACUGUAAAGUUUCUAAAAUUGUAUUUGAAAUAUCAUUGUAUUUAAUUACUGCUUUUAUAACAUUGUAAAAUACUAAAAAAUGGGUUUCAAUAUUUUUAAUAACUUUGAAAAACUUUGUCUAGCUUUUUUUUAAGAUUUCUAUUUGGUCAAGAUGUCCAGUUAAAAAUGUAUUAUUUGAAACAUAUAAACUAAUUUCUGGUAUUUAACAGCAGUCUCAUAGAUUUGUAUUUUCAACUCAGUUGAGUUGCAACAUCAAAUAGAAAUAUCUAAUUUUGGCUCUUUAAAAAGAGUAAUGUCCAGUUGAAACCACCUGAAUCAUGUAAUAGUACUAACAAACUAGGAACUGUUUCUGUUGAUUCAACACUCCAAAUACAGAUUUGAAUACAUAAUUACUAACUAUUCACAUGUAAAAUUUUUAUUUCUAGAGUACCUAAUUUUUAUAUGUGUUUUCUUCUGGUUAUAAAAUUAUGGUAACUUCUGAAAUAAUGCAACCAAUAAUUAUUGUAAUGUUCAAAAUACUUAUCUUCAGACUGUUGAUUUUUCUGUGAAAUCAGUUUCUUCCGGUUCAGAAUUUUUUUUUAAGAUAAACUGAUUUUUGGGGCGCCUCAGUGGCUCAGUCGUUAAGCAUCUGCCUUCGGCUCAGGUCAUGAUCCCAGGGUCCUGGGAUCGAGCCCCACAUUGGGCUC